CAGGCCGGCCUCCCCCCUGCCUCUCCAUGCCUCCCAGUCCCCAGCCCUGGACACACCCUGGUCAGAGCCAGCUGUUUGCAGACCUGAGCCGAGAGGAGCUGACGGCUGUGAUGAGCUUUCUGACGCAGCAGCUGGGGCCAGGCCUGGUGGAUGCAGCCCAGGCCCUGCCCUCGGACAACUGUGUCUUCUCGGUGGAGCUGCAGCUGCCCCCCAAGGCCGCAGCCCUGGCCCACCUGGACAGGGGGCGCCCCCCGCCUGCCCGGGAGGCACUGGCCAUCGUCUUCUUUGGCAGACAACCCCAGCCCAACGUGAGUGAGCUGGUGGUGGGACCGCUGCCCCACCCGUCCUACAUUCGGGAUGUGACCGUGGAGCGUCACGGGGGCCCCCUGCCCUAUCACCGACGCCCCGUGCUGAUCCGAGAGUACCUGGACAUAGACCAGAUGAUCUUCAACAGAGAACUGCCCCAGGUGGCUGGUCUCCUCCACCACUGCUGCUUCUACAAACGUGGAGGAAGGAACUUCGUGACGAUGAACACAGCCCCCCGGGGUUUGCAAUCAGGGGACCGGGCCACCUGGUUCGGCCUCUACUACAACAUCUCAGGGGCUGGGUUUUACCUGCACCCCGUGGGGUUGGAGCUGCUGGUAGACCACAAGGCUCUGGACCCUGCCCAGUGGACCAUCCAGAAGGUGUUCUUCCAAGGCCGCUACUAUGAGAGUCUGGCCCAGCUGGAGGACCAGUUUGAGGCCAGCCUGGUGAAUGUGGUGCUGAUCCCAGACAAUGGCACAGGUGGGUCCUGGUCCCUGAAGUCCCGAGUGCCCCCGGGUCCAGCUCCCCCUCUUCAGUUUCAUCCCCAGGGCUCCCGCUUCAGUGUCCAGGGGAGUCAAGUGGCCUCCUCACUGUGGACUUUCUCCUUUGGCCUCGGAGCUUUCAGUGGCCCAAGGAUCUUUGACAUCCGCUUCCAAGGGGAGAGAGUGGCCUAUGAAGUCAGCGUCCAGGAGGCCUUGACUGUCUAUGGCGGCAAUUCUCCUUCUGCUCUGCGAAGCCGAUACACAGAUGGUGGCUUUGGCUUGGGCCACUUCUCUUCGCCCCUGACCCAUGGGGUGGACUGCCCCUAUCUGGCCACCUACGUGGACUGGCACUUCCUUCUGGAGUCACAAGCCCCCAAAACAAUACACGAUGCCUUUUGUGUGUUUGAACAGAACCAGGGCCUCCCCCUGAGGCGACACCACUCAGAUAUUCACUCCCACUAUUUCGGGGGCCUUGCGGAGACAGUGCUGGUCGUCAGAUCUGUGUCCACCAUGCUCAACUAUGACUAUGUGUGGGAUAUGGUCUUCCACCCCAACGGGGCCAUAGAAGUCAAAUUCCAUACCACGGGCUACAUCAGCUCAGCAUUCCUCUUUGGUGCUGCCCGAAAGUACGGGAACCAGGUUGGGGAGCACACGCUGGGCACCAUCCACACCCACAGUGCCCACUUCAAGGUGGAUCUGGAUGUAGGAGGACUGAAAAACUGGGUCUGGGCUGAUGACAUGGCCUUUGUCCCCAUGACAAUACCUUGGAGCCCUGAGCACCAGAUGCAGAGGCUGCAGGUGACCCGGAAGCUGCUAGAGACAGAGGAAGAGGCUGCCUUCCCCCUGGGAGGCACCCACCCUCGCUAUCUGUACCUGGCCAGCAACCACAGCAACAAAUGGGGUCACCCUCGGGGCUACCGCAUCCAGACGCUCAGCUUUGCCGGGGAGCCACUACCCCAGAACAGCUCUAUGGAGAGAGCCUUCAGCUGGGGGAGGUACCAGCUGGCUGUGACCCAACGGAAGGAGGAGGAGCCCAGCAGCACCAGCAUCUACAAUUUGAAUGACCCUUGGACACCCACUGUGGACUUCACUGACUUCAUCAACAAUGAGACUGUUUCAGGGCAGGACUUGGUGGCCUGGGUGACAGCCGGUUUCCUGCACAUCCCACAUGCAGAGGAUAUUCCCAACACGGUGACUGUGGGGAAUGGUGUGGGCUUCUUCCUCCGACCCUACAACUUCUUUGACCAGGACCCCUCCUCUGACUCUGCUGACUCCAUCUACUUCCGGGAGGAUGAGGAUGCCGGGUCCUGUGAGGUCAACCCCCUAGCUUGCCUCGCCAAGGCUGCUGACUGUGCCCUUGACCUUCCUGCCUUCUCCCAUGGGGGCUUCUCUCACAACUAG